AGUUUCGUUUUUCAACAUGGCUGCUUCCUAGUUUGCGGACGGCGUUAAGGUUGAAUAGAACGUCCAUUUUACCGGCGUGUGGAGUUUUUACAAAACGAUAGUCAUAAUGAAAUUUUAUCGUGAACCUAUUGUGUGUGUGUCACUUGUGUGUAUUUGGCUUAGUUUAGGAUGGCGAUGUGAAGGACUUGAACCCGUCACAGUGUCCACGGUAAUUGCAGUAGGUGCUGGUUUAGGCGUUUCAGUGAUGUACGCCGGGUGGAACGCUCUUAAAUGCAAAAGUUCUGAGUGCUGCGCGGCUCCUUGGGUGACUGACAACGUCAAGGGUUUAGACAACCUGCUCAAAUUUCGGCUGCACGGACAGCCACUAGUGCAUCGUGCCAUUGUGCGGGCUCUCAAGGACCACUUCCAGAACCCAGCGCCCAAAAAAGCCCUGGUACUGUCAUUUCAUGGCUGGACAGGUGGUGGAAAAAAUUAUGCCAGCUCCAUGAUUGCAGAGGCACUUUACAAAGAGGGCAUGAACAGCAAAUAUGUCAGCCUUUAUGUCUCCACGAAGCACUUUCCUCACCAGGAUGAGGUACCCAAAUACAGAAAAACAUUGCAGAAGGAGAUUGAGGCGAAAGUGAAAGAGUGUGGUCGAUCAUUGUUCAUCUUUGAUGAGAUCGACAAAAUGCCAAAUGGGCUUAUUGACAUCAUUAAGCCCUACCUUGAUUUUCAUGAAAAGCUGGAUGAAGUCGACUACAGAAAAUCCAUCUUCAUUUUUCUCAGUAACACUGCUGGGGAUGUAAUUGCACGUGCCACACUGGAUGCCUGGAAGGAUGGUAUAGAUCGCAGCAAGGUCAGGCUGAAUGACAUGGAAAAAGUCAUUGAGCUGGGGAGCUUCAACGAAAAAGGAGGCCUCUAUCGUGCUGACAUUGUGCAGAAGAACUUGAUUGAUGUGUUUGUGCCAUUCCUGCCACUUGAAAGGAAACAAAUCAUGGCCUGCAUCCGAGACGAGUUCAAGCGCCGCAGCCGCACAGCCAGUGACAAACUUGUAGAAGACAUUGCCAAUGAACUUGACUACAUACCAGCAGAAUAUUCACUAUACUCUUCUACAGGGUGCAAGAAAAUUCACCAAAAAGUGGCUCAGCACUUGGGCUUCUCUGAAAAGAUAUGAGUUGGAACUUCUCAUUUCUUGGCCGUUUAUCCAGUAUUUGGGAAUUGCACUUGCUUUCUGUGCGCAAUAUCAAAGUAGUCUGACAUGUAGGCUUUUUUUUUCUGUCAGCACAAGCUAUGCUUUUGACUCCUGAGUGAGCGCAUAGCGUCUGCACCGCAUGACGUUAUUGCUGACUUCAGUUUAUGAUGUCUCCACCUGCACAAUGCCUACAUUUGAAGGUAGCCACCAGUCACAUGGAUGACAGAGACUUCGUGUGUAAGGUCCACUGCAGGCAUGGUAUGUGCUGCUCAGAUCUCACUGCUGGUUCCACGAACUUCAGCCAAUGAGUUGUUCACCCUCAGCCUUCUGUACACAUGCUCUAAUUUAGCACAAAUGCUAGCUGGAGCCACAGCUCAUGCAUCAAGUUCUGUGUUCAUGCUAAGCAUUCUGAAGCACUCUUGUCUUUGGGCCAGUAUUUGGCUUCAUGAAAGCAUAUAUUUUGUGCAAGUGCAAUUUCUCAAUACUGGUGUCACAGGCCUGAAAUAUCCAUGUGAGACCAGUGCAUUAGUUCAAGCCUGGUGCUUUGAUUGCCCAUCUAGGUAUGCUGUUAAUGUCAAACAUGCAUCCUCGUAAUUUCAGUAAAAAAAUAUCAAUAAUCUGCAAGGCAGGCCAUUACUCCGAGUACUUCAUUUUUGGUUGUCAUCAUGUGUGCUGUUGCUUUUUAAGAUCCAAUUAUCUGGGCAAAUUAUGAACAUGAUGGAGAUGCAGGAUGAGUUGUAGGGUUAUGAAUAUGAAGGAAGAUUGUGAAUAUAAAGGAGUAGCAUGUUGAUAUAAAGAAGGCAAGAAAAAUAAAUCCAUGACUUCCAUAUCACUGUGUUUGCUAUUGUUUCCGAGGGUGGUGAAUGAGAAGCAGCUGAUUGCACGUGCAUAAGUAGAAACAGAAAGGAGGAAUUGAAAAAUAUGUUAGUGCCAUUAGCUUUCUUACCUUUAUGAUGUUGUAUUACUUCUGCAAGUGUGUUCUGCAGGAGUUUUGAUCUUUUCUGUUCUUAUCUUAUUGUGCAAGACAUGCUCUCAAUGUUGACGAGCUUGUCAUCAGCCGCCAUAAUAUACAUGUGCUUAUCACAUUGACACUUUUGAAAAAGGGCCUGUUAAGUUCUUAUUAAAGUACUCACUUCACUUAAUUCAGAAGUAGACUUAUGUAUGUCACAUAAGCUUGACAUUAUGGCUGAUGUUGUCAAGAUGUUAUUGUAACUUGUCAUGCCAAAUUGAUUUUGAGGUGUAUCUUACUUCAGUGUUUGUGCUCAUGAUUUGCAAUUUUUUUUAUUGAGGCACUUUAACAUAUUAGCGCUAGAAGCAUAAAAAAAUAAGCAAAGAAUGAAAUAGAAUGAGAAACAUAUGUGCUUGUUCCACUGCAGGCAUCUACAAUAGAAUCUUGAAAAUGCAUAUUUCUCAGGGUAUGGAAAGCAUAUUAGGUUCAAAUAGUCUUAACGAAACUGAAUUGGAACACUCAGAUGACAUACUCACUUCUAACCUUUGCUUUACUCACAACCAUAAAUUUACAUUACAUUUUUCUGGGGCUCCUUUUACUGGAGGUAACUCACUGGACACCUAUAAUGUGAUAGUAGCCACACAUGGCAUUGGGAGCUUGUGAUGUAGUGCACAAGAGAGUGUGCAUUGUCAGUGUUAAACAUUGACAAUUAAUAGUCACUUUUUUAACACCGUUGCUACUGUUUGAAUGUCCUGAUUCAUGCAUGAAUUCAACCUCCAGUUGCUGUGGGAGGAGCUAUUUGUAUGUGCAGCACUCUCAGUGUCCUGAAAUCUGCUUGGGAUGCGUGCACUUGCCAAACUGUUGCUGUGUCAGAUAAAGCAUGGUGUGAAUGAGUGGAGCAAGAGGUUAAUGCAGCCAGUUUCACAUUGUAAUGUUGUUAGCAGCAGAAUAUGUUGUGACUGACAAGCAGUUUCAUAUUACUGGAAGACGUUCAAUCUUUAGCAUCAACUAGGGCUCAUGCAACAGUGAACCUGCCAUAUUGUGCUGGCAGUGAUUCUGAUACUUGAAUUAUUUUAUUUUUUUCAUGUGGUUCUUAUGUGCAUGUUUUUUCAGACAUUAAAGUAUAAGCCUGAGAAUUAUGCUAAUGUGGUACCCACUGGGCCCACUUGAGGCCUGCCUGAGAGAACAUUGAUGCUACCCAGAGCCUUUUAUAUUACUCAAAGUUUUGUGAAUCAUUAGGACAUUAAAACAUGUUCAGAUCAAUCAAUGUUAUGUCAGUGGGGGUUUCACCCCAUGGCCUGCAACAGAGUGCUGCUAUUUGCAUAGCGUUCUGUUGUUUGGCAGGGCCUUCUGCACAUGCAGACUGUGCAGCUAAGGAAACAAACAUAGGCUCGGUGAAACUGUACCAAGUUUAGCAAGCAACAUUUGCUUCAGUCUUCCAAUUUCCAACUUCGCAUCUAAAUGUAACUUCAAAAAAGGUACAUUUUGCUUAAAACGUCCUGUCUCUAGUCAUGCGAGACCCCGCCUGCCUUAACAAGUGUGUGCUGAAUAUAACUAUUUGAAAACAUCUAUUGUCAUGUAUAGGCUGCAAAAUGAGUACUCCUUACAUCUUAGCCACGUCUGAUUUUUUAAGCAUGUAAGAACUGAUAUCAAAGUGUGGUUUCUCUUACAGCAACAUGUUAAUGUGUAUAGAAGUCAGUGUUUCUGUUUUUAGGAAUGUUUUUGAAGGUAUUGUGUGUCUGUCUUGUUGUGAAUAUCUUGUUUUGUAAACGAUAUAAACCAGCACUCUGUGUAAGCAUUUUUUUUUUACGUUUUGAACUGUACAGUAUGCUUUUGUAACAUGCAGGUUAGUGGUGUUUUACUAAAUUUAUAAUUGCAUCAUUUGUGUGCAAUAAGCUUUUUGUAUAUUAGAUCUACGUUGAAAUAAAAUCUGGAAUGUUGACAGUUGAA